AUGGCUAUUAUUUCUAUCGGACUACAUCACAAGAACAUCAAUCGCAGGGCACCUGGCCAUCAACUUAAGAACUCGAGCCAUGACUUCCAACAAUACGAUGCUACUCAGUACUAUCUGCCCUCACAAGGCUUUGAAGCAAUACCGGAUCAUCUAACGGGCGGACAGGAUGGGUGCCUGUCCACCCACCUACGAAUCAUCUCUACUAUGCGUACUGCAGACCACCAAGCCUAUGGCUUGAAGCACACGAUACCUGCGAUACUCAACGCAGAACGUAAAGGAUCACAGCAAAAAAAGAAAAAAAAAGAAAAAAAAGAACAGGAAAGCAGGUUGAUGAAGAUGAAACGACUAAAAGUUUAUUCGAAGACGUAUUUCAAACAACACUUCCAAGCCGAUGGAAUUUGCCCUAUCCCAGAAUGGUAUACAAGGUAG